AUGGGCAACGCCAGUAGUACUCACAAGAUCUCCGCUCAGGAUAGGGCAAUCCUUGAUCUCAAGAACCAGCGGGACAAACUGCAUAAAUACCAGAAACGGGUCACGAUUCUCACAGAUCAAGAGAAGGCCAUUGCCAAGCAGUGCCUAGCCCGGAAUGACCAGGGUCGAGCACGACUUGCUCUCCGACGCAAGAAGUACCAGGAGUCGUUGCUGGCCAAAACCGAUGCGCAGCUAGAGCAAUUAGAAAAGCUCGUGGGGCAGGUCGAGUUUGCCCUUGUGCAGAAAGAUGUCCUCUACGGGUUACAGGAAGGGACCAAGGUGUUACAAACGAUCAACAAGGAAAUGGGUGGUAUAGAAGGCGUGGAGAAACUGAUGGAAGAGACGGAAGAGGCACGCGCCUAUCAAGAGGAAAUCAAAAAUAUGCUUGCAGGUCAACUUUCAAAUCAGGAUGAAGAUGAGGUGGAUGCUGAGCUAGAAGCCCUGGAACGCGAAGUCAUAAAAUUGCCCAGCGUCCCCAUUACGCAACCUCCGGUAAAGCUGAAGGGCCUAGAAGACGAGCGGAUAGCUGGAGAACAAGAAGAAGCGGAGAAGGAAAGAACACGGAUUGCUUUGCCUGCUUAG